AGAUGCAGUGCGAGCACGUGCAAGAGCUCUAGUCCUAGCUGAUUUUAAACGGGCUUGCCUACAGUCUACCAGCAUUCAACAGACUGAACAUCCAUCAAUCAUGCGUCCCUCGUAGUUCAUCUUCUUGCUCCUCACAGCGGUGGUCAGAAGCGGUCGCGGGCGGUAUCUGCAUCCCAUACCACUCAAUGCUUGCCACGGGCGCUACACACUGUCUCAGCAGCUUUUUGUCUUAGCACGGUGGUGAAAGCGCGCGCCGGGUACCAUAUCACCGAGCCUUUUCGUUUAGUUUUCGCGAUCACAACGUGCGAGGAGAAGUCAGCUGAGUACUUAACUCGAGCACGAACAGCUGCUUUCCGCGAGGCGUGGAGUUGUUGAGCUUGUGGCUGCGACGCGGUGCCUUUGUGUUUGCUGCAGCAAGUCCUCCUGCGGUCAAGUGCAAAAGAUGCAGAUGAAAAAGUGUGUCCUGCGGGUCCACGUCUUGGUCGAAGAGGGCAGGGACGGUGCCAUGUAGAAGAUCUCGUGGAUAGAAUACGACGGUACUAGCCGACCUGGUGCGGGAACCCGCAUUCUGUGGCAGUUUUGGCGGGUUUUGUACCCACACACGACGGACCAGAAGCAAAAGCUUUUCCUGGAGGUCUCAUCCUGCGCUCUUCGUUUUCAAUAAGUUUGCUGCAGGCCAGAAUCACUACCACCGUCAAGGAAGAAGGAGCUUUUUUGACUGCAACGGCGGCUAACUGUACCUGCGGCCAACAAGGUCAUCAACUGUUUGAUUCCAUUCUGUUGUCCGCGACUUCCUUGUUUGUCGCUCCACAUCUGUCGCUGCCAUGUCGCUUCUUGGUGGGGGCUCCGGGCCCUCAAGCGGCCCGCCCUCGUCCUCUGUACACACACUACUCCGCGAGCGGCGGAACUGGCUGAUAAAUAUGCUGUACAUAAGGCACGAGUUUGACGAUUGCAAGGAGCUCAUCGAGGAACAGCUUAAAGAAUGCCAGGUGAGGGGAAGAUACGUUCAUCAUCAUGAUCAUCAUCAAAUCAUCAUUUUCAACCUUCGUAUGUCUAUGUCUGUGUUCUGUAUCUUGUUUUCUGCAUUGUAGUAUGAAAUACAACGCCGCCGCAUAGGCAUCUGUAGACCAGUUAUCCAGUUCCAGGAGGACAUUUUUUAUUCUCUUGCAAAAGGAACAAAACUAUACUUAACCGUGCUACUCACAGGGCAUGUGCGAAUUCGCGAUCUACGUGAAAGCGCUGAUCCACCGGCAAGAGGGCAAGAUCCAGGAAUCGCUCGCGCUGUUCCAGGCGGUCACGUGCCUGAAUCCGCACAACGUCUUGAAUUUGAAGCAGGUCGGCAGGUCACUGUACCUACUUGGCAACCACAAAGCCGCCAUCGACGUCUACGAUGAAGCGCAGAUUCUGUCGCCCGAUGACUGGGAGAUAUGGCACAACAAGGGGCUGUGCUACAUGUAUUGAGAAUUCAAGUCGUCUUGAGUGAAGGAGAUUAGACUUGUUGUUGUUUGCGACUCUGCAGCGUUCCAGUUGCAUAAGUAGUGUGAGCAAGAAGCUGGCAGUUCCAGUUGCAUAUACACUUGGUCUUGGUGUUGGUCGUGCUGUGGUCAUCAGAAAUAUUGUACGCAACAGAUCCUCCGUCAUCUCUCUUCGCAAGGUACCUCCGUUCCUACGACGACGCGGUAGACGCUUUUGAGAAGGCGAACGAGAUGCAGCGGCACGACGUCACCUUCCUGCAGCUCGGCAAGGUUUUCGUGCUUCGCGAGGAGUACAAGAAGGCCAUCGACGUGUACCAAGAGGCGUUGGAAUUUUCCCCGGAGAACCCAGAGAUUCUGACCACGAUGGGAAUUCUGUACCUCCGCAUGGGCGAAUCCCUCACCGCGUUCGACCACCUGGGGAACAGCUUGACGCACAACCCACGCAAUCCGAAGACGAUUCUGGCCGCGGGGAGCAUCAUUCAGGACCACGCGGACAUGGACGUAGCCCUGGUGAAAUACCGCGUCGCCGCAUAUGCACUGCAAGAAUGUCUGGGUCUGGAAGAAUGCCAGACUUGUCAUGCAGGUUUUACAUGACGAUGACCCAUGAGGUCUGGUAUGUAGGACAUAGCAUGGCAGAUUCUGUGAAAGUUCUGCCAUGCCUACUCUGCAUGAGAAACUGCCUCUUGAUUAGGUCAAAAGUGGGCAUCUUUUGGCAAUCAUGCAACACAGGUUUUUACAUGAUUCGGAUUUAGCAUGACAAGUUGCUUUGUCCCAGACCCAGACAUUUUUGCAUUUGAUACCGCGGUGCACACCCCCAACAGCGCACAGCUCUGGAACAACAUCGGCAUGUGCUUCUUCGGAAAGCAGAAAUACGUCGCCUCAAUCGCGUGUUUGAAGCGAGCGCUGUAUUUGUUUUUUGUUGUUUUUCAUUUUCUUCGAGGACUUACCAACAGAAUAAAGGUCCUUCGCUCAUCAAGUACACUAUCCUCCUACAACGCAACUCCUGCUGGUGCUUGUUCCAGUGCAAAAGAAAAGUAGAAGUACAAUGGCAGCCUCGUCAGGAUUCUUUUUCUUGCUAUCACAAUACACUGAUUCUGAUAUAUUCAAGAACAAAAACGCACACGCAGGUACCUCGAUCCCUUCGAGUGGAUAAUAAGUUACAACCUCGGGCUGGUUCACCUGAAUACCGGGCAGUACGCAUCGGCGUUCCACUACUUCAGUUCCUCUAUCAACCUCAAACCGGACUUCCCCUCGUCCUACAUGUACUUGGCAAUCACGUUGUCGCGGCUAGACGACUUCACGAACUCGUGCGCGGCCUACGAGAAAGCGAUCGAGAUGGAGGGCAACGACUGCGUGUUCCAGCUGAAUUUCGCGAUCACGCUGUUCAACCACGGGGACCUGGUGGAAGCGAAGAAACAGUUCUUGCACUGCAAGGAAAUGCUCGUGGAGGAAGACGCUGAUCAAGAGGUGCUGGACAUGAAAGCAACCUUGGAGCAGUUGCUGGUGUGA